UACAAAAAUUUAAUAAUACGCAAAAGGCAUUGGCGUAUGACAAUUUUCUUACAAGCUUUAUUACCCAUUGCGUUAAUUGCGUUACUGCAAGCUAGGAGAGAUUUCAGCGUUCAGUCGCCAGAGGUGGUGAACGUUAGCACACACUAUCCUGUACAAACACAACAGGAUUUAAUGUUGAACUUUUAUUUUAAUGGGUUAUAUACAGUGUAUUAUGUGCCAAAAAAUGCACAUACGGACAAGAUUAUGCAAUCUGUCGGAAAAUGUUUUGAUGUCAGAAAUAGUUCCAUCCCCUUGAUAAAAUCUUGCAACUGCAUUAGUGGUUUUACUGAUGAGACUGAAAUGUUAAAUACUUACGUACGUAACCAGGCUCGAAAUCCGCUUUUUAGAAUAGUGGGAGUUAUUUUUGAAGAAUAUAACGAACUUACGUUAAAAUAUAAAUUGAGGCAUUCGUUCAAGAUACCAAAUGAUUUGUAUCAAAGCAUAUUAGCAAUGGAACUUGAGAGUAUGUUAUCAUUUAAUACAGAUUACAUUUCAUUUGUUGAAGUUCAGAUUUGUGUAGAUGAAGCGUUUAUAAAAGAAGUAGCAAAUUCCAACGUUAAG